CUGCUGGGCUCUGGGGUGCUGCUAGGGUGAGCCUCUCUCCCAGCCUGGGCCGGGGCGUGUGUGUGUAUGUGUGUGUGGGGUGCGCGCGUGUGCGUGUGUGGCAGUGAGUGGGGUGGCAGGGGGGUGGGGGCCAUCAUGACCUUCCCCUCUGCACCGAGGCCUGAAAGGGAAAGGGCCCCCCCCAGCAAGAUUCACCCCCUGUGCUGCUGAUUUUCAGGGACUUGUUGGCAACUUAGCGAGGGUUGCCAUAGCUUUUUUAUGUAGGGUGACCAGAACCGGCUGAAACUGGUUUGAGGCAGAUCAGCUCCUGAACACAAUGCAGUCCCUGAGAGUUACUACAGUGGGAUAGCAGCUUCCUCCCUUCAUGGCAGCCAAAAGCAGAGGCGCUUGCAGGAAGGUGCACCCCAACACGUUAUGUGAAUGCACACUUAGACACCACACGCCUCUGUGUGCGACUCACCCAGCCCUCCACGAGUCUGUGUAGAGAAGAUGGGGGAGAAGUGUGCAGGUUUGCAAGGUCUGAGCUUCCUUGGGCUUUUUCCUGCCUGUUUUCUUCUUUUUUCCUUUUUUCCUUUUGCUGAAGGGAUGGACAAGGAGCUGAGAUUUAUGGCCCUUAUUAAAGGAGAAAAUGUGCCUUGUAGGGUGGGGACACUUGGUUUGUACAGUCUCUCUCUCUCUCUCUCUCUCUCUCUCUCUCUGUGGUUUGGACAGAACCAAACCAAACUGAACUGAUGGAUUUGUAAUGGGAGUUUGUGGGUUGCUGGAGAAUGCUACUUUGCAUGCUUUUUCUUCUCUUGCAGGCUAUGUUGUGCUUUGUGCUUUUCUUUUUAGAAGCUACUAAAGGGUGUUGGGGCACUUCUAUGACGAAGGCCAAAAGGCCUGUGGACUGGGGCUGCUUUUAACCCUUUCAGAUUUGCAGAGAAUGCAGCCGUGUGGCCGUAACUGAACAUUGGUCCAAAGCCCUUCCCAGGGGUCAAGGUUCACAAGGACGCCCGGGCCCCUCGAUGACCAUGGGAGAUAUGAAGACCCCAGACUUCGACGACCUCCUGGCGGCCUUCGACAUCCCGGACAUGGUGGACCCCAAGGCAGCCAUCGAGUCGGGGCACGACGAGCCCGAGGGCCACAUCAAGCCGAGCGCGCCCGCCGAGGACGACGCCCACGCGCCCGCCGCCGCUGCCGACGGCGGCGUCAGCGUCAUCGUCAAGAACGUGCGCAGCCUGGACGCCGCCGAGGGUGCCGACAAGGACGGCCACGCGCCGGCCGGCAAUGGCCUGCACAACGGCUUCCUCAGCGCCGCCGGCCUGGACGGCUACGCCAAGGAUGGCCCCAAGGCGCCCAAGGCCGGGGACGGGCCCGAGGGCGCCCUGCGCGACGCGGCCUUCAGCCAGUUCAGCCCCAUCUCCAGCGCCGAGGAGUUUGACGACGACGAGAAGAUCGAGGUGGACGAUCCCCCGGACAAGGAGGACGCGCGUGGCGGCUUCCGGGCGCAUGUGCUCCCGGGGGCCGCCCCCCACCAGGACUACGACAAGCUCAAGGCCCCGGGCGCGGAGAGCGGCGGCAAGGCCGGCUCGGCCACCGGUGCCGCCGUCGCCCUGACCUCCACCGCGGGCGGCGCCGACAAGGGCAAGGCGGCGAAGAGGGAGGCGGACGUGGGCGGUGGUGCGGCCGCCGGCCUGGCCACCUACGAGCCCUUCAAGGCCCGGAAGACGGAGGAGAAGCUGAAGGAGGGCUCGGAGAAGGGGCCGGAAGCCCGGGCCCACGAGGCCAAGCUGGGCGUGGAGAAGGGCGAGGGGGGGCUGGGCGCCAACCCGCCCCCGCCGCGGGCCAAGCCCUCCUCCAAGCUGUCCUCCUGCAUUGCUGCCAUCGCGGCCCUGAGCGCCAAGAAGGCCGCGUCCGACUCCUGCAGGGAGCCGGCCGCCAGCCCCCAGGAGCCCUCGCCCCUGGCCAAGGACGCCCACGAGAGCCCCCGGGCCGCUGAGAAAUCCCCCGAGGCCCCGAGCCUCAUCGACGGUCCCAGGAAGGGCCCCCCGAAGCCCCCCGACAGCCCCCGCAGCAUCUCCAGCGAGAGCAGCAGCAAGGGGUCCCCCGCUUCGCCCGCCGGCUCCACGCCCGCCAUCCCCAAGGUCCGCAUCAAGACCAUCAAGACGUCCUCGGGCGAGAUCAAGAGGACGGUGACGCGGGUCCUCCCCGACGUGGAGCCGGACGCCGCGGGCAAGAAGCCGCCCGAGCCGCCGGCCGCCGUCAUGGCCUCGGUGACAUCGCUGCUGAACGCGCCCGCCGUCCUGGCGUCCCCGCCGCGGGCCCCGCUGCCCUCGGCCGCCGUGGUCACGGGCACGGUGACGCCGACCGAGCUGACCCCUAAGCAGGUCACCAUCAAGCCGGUGGCCACCGCCUUCCUCCCCGUGUCCGCCGUGAAGACGGCCGGCUCGCAGGUCAUCAACCUGAAGCUGGCCAACAACACGACGGUCAAGGCCACGGUCAUCUCGGCCGCCUCGGUGCAGAGCGCCAGCAGCGCCAUCAUCAAGGCGGCCAACGCCAUCCAGCAGCAGACCGUGGUGGUGCCCGCCUCCAGCCUGGCCAACGCCAAGCUCGUGCCAAAGACCGUGCACCUCGCCAACCUGAACCUCCUGCCUCAGGGCGCCCAGGCCGCCUCCGAGCUGCGCCAGGUGCUGGCCAAGCCACAGCAGCAGCAGAUCAAGCAGGCCAUCAUCAGCGCCGCGGCCGCCGCCGCCGCCGCCCAGCCGCCCAAGAAGGUGUCACGGGUGCAGGUGGUGUCCUCGCUGCAGAGCUCCGUGGUGGAGGCGUUCAACAAGGUGCUGAGCAGCGUCAACCCCGUGCCCCUGUACGUGCCCAACCUCAGCCCGCCCGCCCAGGCGGGCAUCACGCUGCCCGCCCGCGGCUACAAGUGCUUGGAGUGCGGCGAUGCCUUCGCCCUGGAGAAGAGCCUGUCGCAGCACUACGACCGGCGCAGCGUCCGCAUCGAGGUCACCUGCAACCACUGCACCAAGAACCUGGUCUUCUACAACAAGUGCAGCCUCCUGUUCCACGCGCGCGGCCACAAGGAGAAGGGCGUGGUCAUGCAGUGCUCCCACCUCAUCCUCAAGCCCGUGCCCGCCGACCAGAUGACCGUCUCCCCGGCCAGCAGCGCCGCCGCCGCCGCUGCGGCCGCCGCAGCCGCCGGCAACACCCCGCCCAGCGCCAACGUGGUGGUGUCCGUGUCGGCCACGGGCGGGGGGGCGGCGGCGGUGGCGGCGGCGGCCACGGUGACCACGGUGGCCGGCACCGCCCCGGCUGUCCCCGCCUCUGUUGUCGGCGGCGGCGGUGGUGGUGGCGGUGGCGGCGGCGGUGGUGCCGGCAACAGCGGGGGCGCCCCGCACACGGCCCCCAAGAUCCAGUCGGGCAUCACCGGGACGGUCAUCUCAGCUCCAUCCAGCACGCCCAUCGUCCCGGCCAUGCCCCUGGACGAGGACCCGUCCAAGCUGUGCCGGCACAGCCUCAAGUGCUUGGAGUGCAACGAGGUCUUCCAGGACGAGACGGCGCUGGCCACCCACUUCCAGCAGGCGGCCGACGCCGGUGGACAAAAGACUUGCACUGUCUGCCAGAUGCUGCUCCCUAACCAGUGCAGCUUCGCCUCCCACCAGAGAAUCCAUCAGCACAAGUCGCCCUACACGUGCCCCGAGUGCGGGGCCAUCUGCAGGUCGGUGCACUUCCAGACGCACGUCACCAAGAACUGCCUGCACUACACGCGCAGAGUCGGCUUCCGGUGCGUGCACUGCAACGUUGUGUACUCCGACGUGGCCGCCCUCAAGUCCCACAUCCAGGGCUCGCACUGCGAGGUCUUCUACAAGUGCCCCAUCUGUCCCAUGGCGUUCAAGUCGGCCCCCAGCACCCACUCCCACGCCUACACGCAGCACCCGGGCAUCAAGAUUGGAGAGCCCAAAAUCAUCUACAAGUGCUCCAUGUGCGACACCGUGUUCACCCUGCAGACGCUGCUCUACCGCCACUUCGACCAGCACAUCGAGAACCAGAAGGUGUCGGUGUUCAAGUGUCCCGACUGCUCCCUCCUUUACGCGCAGAAGCAGCUCAUGAUGGACCACAUCAAGUCUAUGCACGGCACGCUGAAGAGCAUCGAGGGGCCUCCCAACCUGGGCAUUAACCUGCCUUUCAGCAUCAAGCCCACGACGGCCAACCCGGCGGCUCCCAGCAAGGAGGACGCGCGGCCCGUGAACGGGAAGGAGAAGCCGGAGAAGAAGUCCCCGUCGCCCGUGAAGAAGUCCAUGGAGCCCAAGAAAGUGGCCAGCCCCGGGUGGACGUGCUGGGAGUGUGACCGCCUCUUCACGCAGAGGGACGUCUACAUCUCACACGUGCGCAAAGAGCACGGGAAGCAAAUGAAGAAGCAUCCGUGCCGUCAGUGCGACAAGUCCUUCAGCUCCUCGCACAGCCUGUGUCGCCACAACCGCAUCAAGCACAAAGGCAUCAGGAAAGUUUAUACCUGCUCGCACUGCCCCGACUCCAGGCGCACCUUCACCAAGCGGCUGAUGCUGGAGAAGCACAUCCAGCUCAUGCACGGCAUCAAGGCGCCCGACCUGAAGGAGAUGGCCGAGGCCACCACCGAGGACGACACCGAGACCAAGGAGGACACCAAGGUGCCGAGCCCCAAGCGGAAGCUGGAGGAGCCGGUCCUGGAGUUCCGGCCGCCGCGCGGCGCCAUCACGCAGCCGCUGAAGAAGCUGAAGAUCAACGUGUUCAAGGUGCACAAGUGCGCCGUGUGCGGCUUCACCACCGAGAACCUGCUGCAGUUCCACGAGCACAUCCCGCAGCACAAGUCCGACGGCUCCUCCUACCAGUGCCGCGAGUGCGGCCUGUGCUACACGUCGCACGGCUCGCUCUCCCGCCACCUCUUCAUCGUGCACAAGCUCAAGGAGCCGCAGCCCGUGGCCCGGCAGAACGGGGCGGGCGAGGACAGCCAGCCCGAGCUCGCGGCGGGCCCCGGCGACGACGAGGCGGCGGGCGGCGGCCCGUCGGACAGGAAGUGCAAGGUGUGUGCCAAGACCUUCGAGACGGAGGCGGCCUUAAACGCGCACAUGCGGACCCACGGCAUGGCCUUCAUCAAGUCCAAAAGGGUGAGCUCCGCGGAGAAAUAGCCGCCGCCGCCGCCGUGCCAUCACCCCCCCGCCCCGCCCCGGCACCAGGCAGGUUCUUUCAGACCAAAACCCGCCCGCAGUGUGACGGCGCUGGCGGACCCACCCGGGAUGUCGCGACUCAGCCUCCCCCCCACGGACCUCCUACACCUCAUCGUGUGUAUCCUCAACACUAAGUAUUGAAAAAACCAGUAUUUGAGUUGCAAAAGAGUUUGUAUAUAUUCAAAGGAAUAACUUUUUUAUACUCUUUGUUACAUGUUUGUAUCUGUAUCUAGUGGGAAAUGUUUUUUUAGAUUUAUUUUUGUGAUUUUUUUUGUUUUUGUUUUUGUUUUUGUUUUUUUAACCUUUCCCGGUUAGAAUUUUGCUGUUCUGUUUUGGUGGGUGUUUUGUUCGGCUUUUGUUCUUGUUUUUCAGUGUACCGUUUCUUUCCAAGUUUUUGUUCCACAAGCCGUUUUCUCGAAUCAGAGAAACCAUUUGUCUGUUACAGAUUUGAAUGGGUCAGACUGAAGUACGGGCUCAGCUAAGGCCGGGUUUUUUUGUUGUUGUUGUUUGUUUGUUUGGUUUUUUUUUUUUUUUAAGUGUUUUUAGCAUUCACUUAACUGUCGUAAUCGUGGGUCUCAGAAACACUUAGGGACUUUUUAAGUGUCUUAGCACUCUCCUCAAUGUGCCUGCUCCAGUGCCCUCCGGCACACGGCCGCCCGCGGCCUGCCAUGCCCACCCCAGCCACCGGCAGGUAGUUUGUCCCCACCGACAGCGGGUGGAAACCUCGGCCAAGACCCAAGACUGCAGGCGGACUCACUUACCUCCCUCCUGGAAUGGGAACGAAGGGUGCACGGCCAGGGCCGAGGGCUCCCGGCCGCCACUUGACACCCCACUGCCAGAGCUCCAGGGACGAGCAGCGAAAGGGCUGGACUAUGGGGACAGUCACGACCGGUAGAUUUGUACCGCCACGAUUUUUUCCCUGUCAUUUAUUAACUCACAAAGACGCACCUGAAAAAUAUCAAGUAUUUCUCUAGCUCUUGACAGAAAAAAAAAAAACCAAACAUAUAUAUAUAUACACAUAUACAUGUAUACAUACAUAGGCACAUAUGUAUGUAUGUAUAUGUAUCACAGUUGACUUAACCCUGUGCUGAGGAAAGAGUUGGCGUUUCCUGUUCUGGGUGCUACUGCUAAACGUCCUGGUACUUAAGAGUUGGGGUGUCUGGCCCCCCCUUCCGGCACGGACUUAGCGAUGCGGUCUCGCCGACCCCACACUGAGCCACACCCGAGGUCAGCUCUGUCCUUCCACCGAGAAUGUCCUGUCGCCAUAGCUGUGCUGCGUGGAAGACCAGCAGGGGGACGCUCCUGUCCUGUCCAUGUAUGUAUCGUCCUCUGGAAGACCUCUGUGUUUUGGUUUUCUCGUGUGUGUGUGUGUAUGCGCGUGUGUGUGCGCGUGUGUAAGAGAGAGAGAGAGAGAGUGUGCGUGUGUGUGAGUGCGUGUUAUGUGUGUCUUUUCUUUGCCAUUUUAUAUCUUGUAUUUAUCCCGGAACAUGUUUUGUACUGUUUUUUCUUUUUUUUUUUUUAAGAAAAGAGAUUCUGUUGUGUAUAUAGAGAUACUUGCAUGAUAUACUGUGCUCGCCGUGGCCCCCUCAGAAGCUCCGCCGAGCUCCACCGCGCGCCUCCCUGUACUCAACACAUUUCAGAUGUAAAUAAAGGCGGGACCUCUGGCCCCUGGCCGCCUGUGAGCGAGUCUUUGUCAUCGAGGAGGGUCUCUGGAGGGUCUCUGGCGGCUGCGUGCUGUCGAGGAAGUGAGCGAGAGCCGGGGCCAGGGCCGGUCUCAGCGGCUCCCUCUGUCCGGCGGCACGGUCUGAGGGCGUGGCGGGCUCGGCAUCACUUGGCCGGCGACGCGGUGGCUGACCCUCGUUCUAGUCAAUACCCGUUUUGCUCUUCAGUUUGCGCCCGUAGCACUUUCUCCUCGUCUCUGCAUUGAACCUUGCAAUAAGCCCUGGGGUCUCACGGGCCCGGCUGUGAGCCCUUCUCGGCCUCCUCGCCGGCCGGCGGCCCCGCCGAGUGGAACCCGGCUCCUCCUGCUCUUCACACCAGUGCUCACCUCGUGUGUUUCUGUAUAUAUUGAACAGAUACUCAAGUUAUUCACCAAAUAAAAAGUAUGUGUACAACA